AUGAUGGAUAUAUCUGGCGAUGCAGACAGCAGCAGCAGAGAAAAAAUAUACGAUUGUCUUGCUGCUGCUGCUGUUGCUGAUCUGUCUCCUUCCUGCUGCAAGCAUAUUAUAAUAGAGAGCAGGCUGCAGGUGCAUACAGCCUUCACAGCCCUCGCCCAGUUUGGUUGCACUUCUCUCCUCUGCUGCCACCUGCUGCCGCCAGACCCCCAGCAGCAGCAGCAGCAGCAGCAGCAGCAGCAGCAGCAGAAGGGAGCUGCAGCAGACGGCACCAGUUCAAGUUCUCCCAGCACAGCAGGCAGCGCUAGCAGCACCACAAGCAGCAGCAACAACACCACCACCACCAGCACCACCGCCACCACCGCCAGCAGCAGCAGCAGCAGCAGCAGCAGCAGCAGCAGCAGCAAUCCCUGUGCUGCUGCAUGCUGCGGGGGGCCAGGCCAGGUCCGCUGCUGCAGCUGCCGCGGUGUCUGGGUGUACUCCGAGAUAAACAGAAAAUUUAUUGGGCGUUUGGAUGCGGUGCACUUCGCCCGCUACCUGCUGCACUGGCAGCGCUGGCUCCGCAGCAGCAGCAGCAGCAGCAGCAGCAGCAGCAGCAGCAGCAGCGGCAGCAGCGGCAGUGGCAGCAGCGGCGGAGGGAGUAGUUGUAGGGGGAGGAGGAGUAGCAGCAAACAGCAGACAGAGAAAGGAUCUGGCAGCAGCAGCAGCAGCGGCAGUGGCGGCAGCGGCGGAGGGAGUAGUUGUAGGGGGAGGAGGAGUAGCAGCAAACAGCAGACAGAGAAAGGAUCUAGUUCUAUAAACAGUAACAGCAGCAGCAGCAGCAGCAGCAGCAGCAACAGCAGCAGCAGCAGCAGCAGCAGCAAUAGCAGCAGCAGCAGCAGCACAGCUGCAGAGUCAAAGGAUGCUAGAAAUACAGACGGGAAGAGUGAAGCGGAGACGGCUAUCAACGGCAGCAGCAGCAGCAACAGCAGCAACGGCGAAGACAGCAGCAGCAGCAGCAGCAGCAGCAGCAGCAGCAAUGGAACCAGCAGGAGCAGCAGCAGCAGCAAGGAGCAGCAAGAAGAAGCAGCAGCAGAUGCUGUCGGCUCCUUAGAUAGUGAUGAUGCCGCCUGUCCCUGGACUCUCACCGUUGAGGCCCUUCGUAACCUUUGCGGCGGUUCUUUAGAGAAGAUACAGCGGGUGCUGCCAGACGCAGACUGCGCCACGGCCCUUCUACAGCUCCUCGAUAGCGGCGCUCCGUAUCUUUGUGUUGUGAAUGAAGGGAGAAGGGCCCCCCUGGCUCUCCUCUCCACCUACGCCUUCCUCGUACACCUAGUCAGAGAGGUAAGCACCAGCAGCAGCAGCAGCAGCAGCAGCACCAACAGCAGCAGCAGCAGCAGCACCAACAGCAGCAGCAUCAGCAGCAGCAGCAGUAGAAGUAGAAGCAACAGCAGUAACAGCACCCAGCAGCAGGACCAGCAAUAG